AUCGAGCCAGACCCCCUCAUCUUGUCUCCUUAUAUCAUCUCAUCUCCUUCGCCCUCGCUUCCAUGGAAAAAGAAGAAAACAAACAGCCACACACUUCCACAUUACUUAACAAAAUCCAUCGAAUUGAAGCCCAAAAGAUAUAUGAGAUAGCUCAUCAGGAGAGAGAGAUUAUAUUCAGAUAGAGCUAGCUAGCUCUGCCGUGUGCGUGUUCUUCCUUCUCCGACGACGUCGUCGAUCGCAUAAGCUGUCUCAUCGUCUGAUGAACUUUUUAGAUAUCUUCUUUUGGUAGAUCUUGAAUUCGUUAGCUAGCCUAGCUACCUGUAUAUCCAUAUAUAGAUCGAGUUCUUCUUCUUCCACCUCGAUCGGUGUUGAAUUGUUGCAGCUUGCAGCUGCUGGUUAGGGUUUGAGUUGUUCUUGGGCCGUCGUCCGAUAUCGAUCGAUGGGUACGGAAGGAUCAGGGGGAGGAGGGUCGGCGAAGAAAGAGGAGAGCUUGCCGCCGGGGUUCAGGUUCCACCCGACGGACGAGGAGCUCAUCACCUACUACCUGCGGCAGAAGAUCGCCGACGGCGGCUUCACGGCGAGGGCCAUCGCCGAGGUUGAUCUCAACAAGUGCGAGCCAUGGGAUCUCCCAGAGAAGGCAAAAAUGGGAGAGAAGGAGUGGUACUUCUUUAGCCUAAGGGACCGAAAGUAUCCAACUGGUGUGCGAACGAAUCGUGCAACUAAUGCUGGUUAUUGGAAAACAACGGGAAAGGAUAAGGAAAUCUUCACUGGACAGCCACCAGCAACACCAGAGUUGGUUGGAAUGAAGAAAACCCUAGUGUUCUACAAAGGAAGGGCCCCCAGAGGCGAAAAAACCAAUUGGGUCAUGCAUGAGUACCGUCUCCACUCCAAGUCGAUCCCCAAAUCAAACAAGGAUGAGUGGGUCGUCUGUCGCGUAUUUGCCAAGACGGCGGGCGUCAAGAAAUACCCCUCCAGCAACGCCCAUUCCCGGUCCCACCACCCAUACGCGCUGGACAUGGUCCCACCUCUCCUCCCCGCUCUACUGCAGCAAGACCCGUUUGGCCGCGGACACCACCACCCGUACAUGGCUCCCGUCGACAUGGCGGAGCUCUCCCGUUUCGCCAGAGGCACCCCGGGGCUGCACCCACACAUCCAGCCGCACCCCAGCUACAUCAACCCGGCGGCUACACCGUUUACACUAUCAGGCCUUAACCUGAAUCUUGGAUCCUCGCCGGCGGCCAUGGCGCCGCCGCCGCAAUCCAUGCUCCAGGCGAUGUCGUCGAUGCCGAUGAACCAACCAAGCACGGCUAGCCAGGUCAUGGCGACAGAGCAGAUGGUUUCGGGGCUCGCCAAUGGUGUGAUCCCGCCGGGAGUGGAUGGAGGUUUCAGCACAGAUGCUGCUGUUGUUGGAGGAGGAGGCAUCAGAUACCAGAAUUUGGAUGUAGAGCAGCUGGUGGAGAGGUACUGGCCUGGUAGUUACCAAAUGUAGUAGUAGCAGUAGUCCUGGAAAUAUUGCUUGAAGGAGGACAUAAUUUGAGCUACCAUAAUUUAGUCUAUGGAUAUAUAUAUAUAUAUGGUUGUAUCAUUAGCAAAUAUUUGUGUCUAGCUUCUUUAGUUUGUCAUGAGAUUUCUUGUACCUCUAGAUUUAGUUUUGGCUGUAACUUGUCAGGUUCUAGAAACUAGAGGACUGUCUGGUUGACCCGGUUUCUUGUACACCUUAUUUAUCAGUAUUAGUGAUCUCAUCAAUAAUACUCCACUGUGAC